GCGCCCCUUGAAAUGUCAGCCAGCAACUUUGAAAUUUUGGAUUCUGCUCGUUUGUUUACACAAUAGUUUUUUUAGUUUAUUGUUUAAAAUGUCGAAUUUUCUAAAACUCUCGUUGCUGAAACAAGCAACCACUCCGAUUGCUUCGCUGCGUCCUUUGUGCAGUUCGUUGCGUUUCUACAGCAGCGCAGAUACCUCGGAACCCAGCAAAGAGCAAUCCCAGGUUUCAUCAGAGCACGUUGAUAGCCGGCUCGGAGGAUUCGCUAGGGCUUUUGAAAAAUACACCCUGCCGGUAGCCGAAAGUGAUAGCACUGAACCACCGAAAACAUUUGCCUCGCUGUUGAGAAACUCUAAAUUCAUUGAUCUUGGCGAUCCGGAGAAUAAAAUUGUCAGCGGAAAGAUCUUUCACAUCGUUGAGGAUGAUUUGUAUAUCGACUUUGGUUGGAAGUUUCAUUGCGUAUGCACCCGACCUACAAAGAAUGCCGAAGAAUACGUCCGAGGUGCGCGAGUUCGUCUACGCAUCAAAGAUCUAGAGCUAUCCACAAGAUUUUUAGGAUCCAAUAAAGAUUUAACUUUAUUGGAAGCAGAUUGUCAGCUGCUGGGUCUAAUUUCAUCGCCAGUCAGAAGUCAACCGGUGCGGAGUAAAGAGGAUCCAUAACGUUUGAGGACUGGAAAGCAUCGGUCCAUUUCAUCACAAAUAUGUUCUGCUACUGAUGCCGAUGCAAGCAUUACUCGGAGCAAUUGAGCCCGCUCUACAAGUUCAGUUGAAACGGACUCUUCUACAGGCAUAGUUCCUCGAUUAUAUUUAUGUUUUUCUGCAGGUAGCUGUUUGAUGACAUUCCGGAUGCGAUGAAAUAUCAUGCCAGUAUGAGCACCCUUUUCCUUGCCUCCGUUGCGCCAAAAGAA